CAGACAUGGUUCUACUUGGCAGCAUCUGCCUUGCACUUAUCUCCUUAAUUUUUGCUAACCCUUUGGAUAGGCAUACAGAUGAACAGGAUUUAUCAAAUUGGAAGAGGCACCCACACAAAAUGGAUUACCCGGUCUAUAUGAUGCAGCUUUACCAGUCACUCAUCAUGGGAAAUAGGACUGAUUUUCCUGGCAUGGAACAUCCUGUCCUGCAGGAAUCUGACAUGGUUCUGAGCCUCACUGCCAAGAGUUGCAGUGAAGCAGGAAGCGUUUGGAAAAUGUCGUUUGAUAUGUCUUCAAUCUCCACCAACACCGAGCUCAAGCUGGUGGAACUCCGAGUUCGUCUUCCCUCUUUCAAAAAGGCAAGCAAUAUCACAGUGGAGAUAUACCAUUCCAAGGACGGUCAUGACAAACUCUUAAUGGGGUCAUUCACGUCUAACCCUUCAGCUGCAAAAGGUAACUCGUGGAAGAUCUUUAACUUGACCAGAAUAGUCCAGUACUCCACCCACCAUGGAGAGCCAAUCCUAAAUCCUGAUUACGUAGCAGCAGAGGACACGACAGAGCGACACACAGAAUCCGGUAAUGUUAGAGAGCCUAGUCAUGGUCCACAUCAAAAUAAAGAUCCCUUGCCUGCUGAGUACUUCUCUGCAGAAAAAGUGAUGCUAGUUGUGUUUGCACGGGAAAAGACCUCUGACAACCAGUUUGGCUCUCCAAGCCUCAUUAGGACUGUCCAGUCUUCAAAGUACAUCAUGAGAGAGAGGCCAACUGGUCUAAGGAGACAUCGGAGAAACCACAAUUCCAAAAACAGCAUAUUUGUCAAUGAACUCCCAACAAGAACAGAAUCUGGUGGACCGCUCUGCAGAAGGGUAGACAUGUGGGUAGAGUUUGACAAAAUCGAAUGGGGAAAUCGAAUCAUCUACCCAAGAAGGUACAAUGCUUACAGAUGUGAGGGGACAUGUCCAAUUCCAUUGAAUGAGACCUUCAAGUCAACCAAUCAUGCAUUCAUCAAGAGUCUGGUGAAGAUGUUCGAUUCAGAGAAAGUUGAGUGUUCCUCCUGUGUACCAGUAAAGAUGAAUGCAAUGUCAAUGUUGAUGUAUGAAGAUGACAAAAUCUCACUGAAGCACCACGAGGAUAUGGUGGUGGAGACGUGCGGAUGCAACUGAA